GUACCGGAUAUUAGAAACUGUGGAAUCCAAAAAUUGUUUUGCCGCGGUAGUUUGACACAUUGAUUUGUGUUCGUAAUGAUAAAAAUGAUGAAGAUGGCCACGAUCGUUUAUUUAUUGAUUUGUAUUCUCUUGGCACUCAAAGGAAUAACAGCAAAGUAUACACCUGAUUGGGACUCAAUAGAUUCAAGACCAUUACCAGAUUGGUACGACAAAGCCAAAUUUGGAAUCUUUCUUCAUUGGGGAGUAUUUUCUGUUCCAAGUUUUCAUAAUGAAUGGUUUUGGCCACAGUGGAAGUCGAGGCAUCCAGCUCCAGAUAUAGUCAGAUUUAUGAAACAGAAUUACCGACCUGAUUUUACCUAUGCUGACUUUGCUGCAGAUUUCACAGCAGAAUUUUUUAAUCCUGAUGAAUGGGCAGAUAUUUUUAAAGCAUCCGGAGCAGGAUAUGUUGUCUUGACCAGUAAACAUGGUGAAGGUUUUCCAAACUGGCCAUCAAGUCAUUCUUUCAACUGGAAUGCAAAAGCAGUGGGACCUAAUCGGGACCUUGUUGGAGACCUAGCUAAUGCUAUAAGGAAUAAAACAGAUCUUAAGUUUGGUACAUACUACUGUAUAUCCGAAUGGCUUCAUCCCUUGUAUAUGAAAGAUAAGGCGAACAACUUCACUACACAAAGCUUUGUAUUGUCAAAGGCUUUACCUGAACUUUAUGAACUUGUGAACAGAUACAAACCAGAGAUAUUAUGGGCAGAUCUGGCAGACGGUCAAGGACCAGCUUCUUACUACAAGUCUAAAGAAUUCCUUGCCUGGUUGUACAAUGAUAGUCCUGUGAAGGACAGUGUGGUCACAAAUGACCGCUGGUGUCAUGAAUGUUUCUGUAAACACGGGGGAUACAAGACGUGCAGAGAUAAAUGGAAUCCAGGUAAACUGCAGAAAUAUAAAUGGGAAGACUGUAUGUCAGUGGACAAGUAUUCCUGGGGGUAUCGUAGAAAUGCUCCUCUUGAUUCAUAUUUAGAUAUAAACCAGAUCAUCUCAACGUUUGCAUCAACAAUCAGUUGUGGUGGCAACAUGCUGAUGAAUAUUGGUCCAACCAAGGAGGGAACAAUUAUUCCAGUAUUUGAGGAAAGAUUACGACAGUUUGGAAGUUGGUUGAAAAUAAAUGGAGAAGGUGUUUACGGUUCAGUACCUUGGAGCCACCAAAAUGAUUUCACUACAAAAAAUGUUUGGUACACUCAACAGAAAACAGAAAAUGAUGACUCUAUGGUAUAUGCAAUAAUGCUUACAUGGCCAGAUGAUUCUGUGUUAAUGUUAGGAGCACCAAUACCUUCCCAAUCUACACAAGUCACUAUGCUUGGAUAUGAGGGAACAGUCAACUGGAAAGCAGGCCCGGGUGGACAAGGGAUGAAUAUUACCCUAUCAAAUAUACCAUGGAAUAAACUGCCUUCUCCAUGGGCAUGGAUGUUUAAGUUGACUAAUAUAGCAAACUAGGCUGUUUGUUAUGCAUAAUAUUUUUACCAGAAAGAGAUUUGUCUUGUCUAGAUAUUAAGACACACAUCAUUCCACAAUCACUACCAGAAAGAGAUUAGUUCCUGUUUUAAAGGCACACAACAUUCCGCAAACCCUAUGAAAUUAUCAUAAGACAAUCACAUCUGUGUAUUGCUAAACUGAAAUAAACAUUGGUUUUUGCAGAGUUUGAAUUGUUUUGAAUUGAGAUAUAGGUAUUUUAAAAUUAAAAUUAAGAUGAAUAUUUUAAUACAUUUUUCAGAAUGUAAAUUGUCUUGAUUUUAAAUGGACACAUGUUGUGUGUUAUGAUUUUUAUCUCUUUGUAUAUUUUUUUAACAUUUAUUUACAUUGUUUUUUUCUUUAUAGUUUACUUUUGUUGUUAUAGAAAUAAAAAAAUGAGACAUUCUU